CCUUUUUUCUUUUGGAAAUUAUGGUUUUGAAGGAGCGUUUUGAGAGCUGCGGGUGGGUGAAGUUGGAUGUUUUUAUGGAAGCUUAUUGAAUGAUAUCAUGUGAUCUGUUUUUAACUGAUUUUUUUUUUUUUUUGGUUGAUGUGGAUACCUUCUGUUUGUUUUCUGAGAAAAAAAAUUAAAGGAAUUAGAAAUUUUAGAUCUCAAUAUGAAUGUCUUUUGUAUUAUAUGUAAAUUUAUUUUAUCAGUUUUGAAGAAAAAAUAAUUGCUUUCUGAUUAUACUGUUGGAUGAUUGUCAAAUUUGGGACUGCUUUAGCUCUCAAAUUUGACCGACAUAUACAAGUCUGUGCAAUUUAGAAGAGUUCGUUUUGAUUAUAAGUUCUUCAAUCUCCUAGACCCCGGUGAUGAAAAAAUGCCUUAUUUUCCAUGUGAAUGAAACAAGUUUUUCUUUUGUUUGAGGGAGGGUAUUAAGAAAAGGAUGCUGUUUGAAAUUUGUGGUAGAUACUGUACAUUUUGAUAAUUUCUGAGUUCUAAGAUGUUUGGUUUUAAAAGUUUCUGCUUGAAGAGGGCAUGAAAAUGGAUACCCAGAAAGCUAUUAUAUUGCAUUCCUUGUGCCUAAAUGGUCCUCUUCUUACAGAAUACAUGGCUAGGGAACAGAACCUGUUUGAGCUGGAGGCUCAUUAUGAAAAUGACGGAGAUCCUUUGCUCAAGCAGAAAUUGAGUCCCAUUUCAGCAUCUACAGAGGUCUCUGAUAAUGAAAGCAGCGGUUAUGAUUGCAAUAUUUGCUUAGAUUCAGCACAUGAUCCCAUAGUUACCCUCUGUGGUCAUCUAUUCUGCUGGGCUUGCAUUUACAAGUGGUUCCACAUCCAAACUUCUGCUAAUGAAGCUGACAAACCACAACAGAACUGCCCUGUCUGUAAGGCUAACAUUUCACUAACUUCGUUGGUCCCUCUCUAUGGCCGUGGAACAUCCUCUUCUGAAUCUGAAUCCAAGAAGCAUAAUUUGGGUGUGGUUGUGCCCCGUAGACCGCCUCCUUCUAUGUUGAACACUUCAGUCAGUUCCACAACAGCAUCCACCACCCAUCGAACUCCACAACUACACCCAGAUCUCUUUCAGUUGCAAACACACUCAUCACUUAACCCUCAGUACUUAACUCACCAAUAUGGUGGUUAUGCAGCUCUUGCAACUUCCAGUCUUGGUGGUAUGGCAACAAUUAGUUUCGUCAACCCACUGAUGGGAAUGUUUGGAGGGGUGGUAUUGGAGAGGAUUUUUGGGAGUUCAGUAACGAGUUUGUCGAUGUAUCCGACUCCACAUCCUGUAAUGACAGGUAGCAACCGAAGAAUCAGAAGGCAGGAAGUGGAGAUUGACAAGUCACUUAACAGAGUAUCAAUCUUUCUUUUUUGUUGCUUGAUUCUGUGUCUUCUUUUGUUCUGAUCAUAUAAAAUCCUUAAGCUAUAAUCCUUUUCAUUCUAAAGCUGUGAGAUUGAGUGAUUGGCUAGAUUACAGGGAUAGGAACACUGUCAGGAGUUCCAAAGUCGAGUCAAAAGCUUUUGUGAGGCUACUCUGCUAUGUUAUUACGUGUAUAUUAUGUCAUAUUCUCCAUUGUAAAUUACUGUUUCUCAAUUUUUUGUUGCUUUUCA